GUGCUGGAAUUGCACACAGGUUCGCCUCCAUGUUGAGUAGUUGGGGGACUUGAGGUUAUAUUUGCCGGUGGUAGAGAGUUACUGAUCUCUCUUGAAGUAAUUUUCUGUUGCGUUCGUUUGGUGGGGUUUGCAGUCUGCAGUCUGUGAUCGAGUGUCUUAGUGGGUGCUGUCGGCCUGACGUUGGAGUGAUUUUUUGGAGACGGGUAAGCGCCUCGAUGAUCUGCUGAUGUUGCAGUUUGGAGGAUUGGUGCAUCACAACCUUCUCGCUAGUGCAGGUGGAACAUGGACGUCCGAUGAGAAAAACGUAUUUAACUUAAGCUAGAAUCCUUCCUGCUUCGCAUACUUCGGUUCUCUUCUUCAUCUUUUUUUUUUUUUUUUUUUUUUUUUUUUUCUUUUCCCUUCUGGUAAAAAAAAUGAACUCGAAUGUAUACACCGAGUUGGUGACCGUCGCAAGAGUGUAUCAACAAUUUGAAGAGUCAGCCACAACCUUGUUACAAUUCGCCGUGGUUCCGGUCCUCAAGAUCUUGAUAUUAUGUGCCUUUGGCUUGGGUUUGGCGAGUUCUUAUGUCAAUAUCCUCCCAGCUCAAUGUCGAAAGCUUUUGAGCAAGUUGGUGUUCGCGUUAUUUCUCCCUUGUUUGAUCUUCACACAACUUGGGAAAGCUGUCACUCUUCAGUCGAUAAUAGAAUGGUGGUUCAUACCAAUAAAUGUUGUGCUAGGAGCGAGUUUUGGGUGCGCUCUUGGUUACCUAGUAGCUUUAAUCGUUCGACCUCCACCACAAUACUUUAACUUCACGGUGGUGAUGAUUGGCAUAGGAAAUAUUGGUAACAUACCACUCGUUAUUAUUGCAUCCAUCUGUCGUGAUGAAUCAAACCCGUUUGGACUUGACCCAACCGUCUGUAACACCAACGGCGUUGCGUAUAUCUCCUUUGGCCAAUGGGUAGGAGCGGUCAUCGUUUACACAUUUGCGUUCCACAUGUUGGCUCCCCCCAAAACAGUUCCUACCAACGAUGAAAAGGCCUUAGUCAUCAAGGUUGAAGGCGACAAAGACGUUAAUGAGCUUUCAAAUGGAACGGCGAGUAAUGUCAAUGACACAGAUUCUCUUCACGUCUCACUCCUCCGUUCUUGUCAGCCGACCAAAUUACAAAAGGUUCGGCAAGGCGUUGCACGAAAGUGGCGUUGGCUGGCCAAAUCAAGCUUGUUGAAAGAUAUUUGUCAACCACCUGUCGUAUCAUCUCUCUUGGCCUUGAUUAUUGGGGCCACACCCACUCUCAAGGAACUGUUCUUUGAGGAGCACUCCGUGUUCUUUUUCUUCACAGACAGUCUUAAUAUGCUGGGCGGAGCCAUGGUGCCAUGUAUAAUGCUCGUUCUCGGCGGCAACUUAAUCGGAGGGCCAGGAAAUUCCGAACUAGGAUUGCGAACGACCGUGGCAAUAGUUUUCACACGCUUGUUUCUGGUGCCUCCUAUAGGCUUGACCAUCGUGCAAACUGCAAACCACCUCGGAUUCCUACCUGCAAACAACAAACUUUUCCGAUUUGUUCUUCUUCUACAACACUCUAUGCCCACAUCUAUACUUGCUGGGGCGGUGGCCAGCUUACGAGGACACGGUGCGAAGGAAGCAUCGGCCAUCUUGUUCUGGGAGCACAUUCUGGCCAUAUUCUCAAUAGCAAUUUGGCUCAUCUUGUACAUUAAUGUUCUCUUCUGAGGCACCGUAGACCAUUUUUUUUCGCUUUUUCGAAAGUGAAUUCUUGGAGGUAGUCGCAAAAUGUGCAACAUCACCUCCUGUAACGUAGAUUAUAACACCAGAGACAGAAAAACAGGCAAACGAACAAAGAAGAAUUCCUUUCUUAUCCUUUCAUACAGUAGAUAGACGAGCAAAAACCAGCAGGUCAUCUCGAUGGGGUGGGUGUUAUCUGGACCCUUGAUUCUUUCUGAAUUCCUUCGGAAAUAAGGUGGAGUUUUUCCCCAACAAAUUUGCUACUGAUAGGACAUUCAACCCCUCAUGAAAGGAGCGGGUCUGCCAAGACUUUGUCAAAUCUGAUACCUGUUAUGUCUUCGUCAAUGAUGUGGUGCCAAUAAUUUGGCAUUUUCAAACAGAAUAAAAUCAAACAAUAAUGCAGUGACGAAUCCAGGGGAAGCACUGUUGGAAAUGCA